AUGGCUGCCAGAUCUCCGCUGCCGCAUCACCCGUCUGCUGCAGCUCAGCAUAAUCAUAUACAACCGGCGAUCUCCUCUGUCCAAAACAACACCAACAACCUUUCCAGAAACCCGACCUCCACAGACAGCUACUUUCCAUCCUACCAACAACAACAACAACAACAACCCACCGAACCCUCCACACACAUUCAGCAGCAACAACAACAGCAACACUAUCCGGUACAUCAACAGCACACAACAGACCAGGAAACUCUCUCAAACACCUUGGCCAACGCCCAGCUCGCUUCCCCACCUGCUCUCGGCAGUCCAUACAACCAAAACCGUCAGCCAAAGUUCACCGAGGAGUGGGAUGCCAGUGUGAGAGGCAGCUCCAUCAUCGACGGCCCCACCCACCGAUAUCCUCCGCCGACCAUGCAGCGAUCGGCGUCCAUAUCCUCGCGCCCCGAGGUCCUCAGCACCGUCGGCGAUGGCCAGACUACCGGUGCUGUCUCCCUCUCCCGGGGCAACACCCUGAAGAAGAAGAGCUCCAUGCGUCGGAGUGGCAGCAGGACUGGCAGCCUAAAGCGCAGCGGCAGUCGUCGUAGCAUGAAGGCCGGUAGCGUCCGCAGCUUGGCCCUGCAGAGCUCGCACGAUCCCGAAGAGACCAUGAGCGCCUUCUACUGCCCCGUACCCACCUCGGGCAAUCCCACCGAGGCCUUGUCUGCAAGGUUUCAGACAUGGCGCAAGAUCCUCAAGGACCUCAUCACCUACUUUCGCGAAAUUCAAAACUUUUACGAGCACCGGGGCAAGUCCCUGCUCAAGCUCGCCAAUGUCUUGAAUAACACCACCACCCCUCCCGGCUUCCUAGCCUCGGGCGGUAUCGACGAUGCGCUGCAAGUCUUGAGGGACUAUAAUAAGACGGCAAUCCUGGAAUCUAAUAAGGCGCGCGAAAUCGAGGAGGAUGUCAUUCUUGCCCUGACAGGUCUGAGGAGCGACCUUGGCCAAAAGAUGAAGGAGAUCAAAGGUCUCUCCGGGGAUUUCAAGAACUCGGUUGACAAGGAGAUGGACAACACGAGGAGAGCUGUGAAUGCUCUCCAGGACGUCCUGGGUCAGACAGAGCUGGACUCCUCUUUGACUACCGGCAAGCAGGAUCCUUACCUGCUCAGAUUAGCUGUCGAUCGCCAGGUCGAGCGCCAGAUUGAUGAGGAAAACUACCUGCAUCAAGCCUAUCUCAACCUCGAGUCCUCUGGGCGCGAGCUUGAGUCCAUUGUGGUGGGGGAGAUUCAAAAGUCUUACAAUGCGUACGCCGGCAUUUUGAAGCGAGAAUCCGAUGCCGCCUACAACGCCAUUGACGAGCUGCGCGCUGGACCGAUUGCCAUGCCCAAAGACCAUGAAUGGACCUCAUUUGUCCAAAGGGACCAGCAAUUUGUCGAUCCCGAGAUACCCGUCCGCAUGGCCGAGCAUAUCCACUACCCCGGCCGCGAUCAUUUUGCGUGCCAGGAGAUUCGAGCUGGUCUGUUGGAGCGCAAGAGCAAGUACUUGAAGAGCUAUACAGCUGGGUGGUAUGUUCUUUCACCAACUCAUUUGCACGAAUUCAAGAGCGCCGACAAGAGCGGGCCUCCGGUCAUGUCACUUUACCUUCCAGAGCAAAAAGUGGGAUCGCACUCGACUGAAGGGGGCUCUUCCAACAAGUUCAUCCUCAAGGGACGCCAGACUGGGUCCAUGCAUCGUGGGCAUACCUGGGUCUUCCGUGCUGAGAGUCACGAUACCAUGAUGGCCUGGUACGAGGACGUCAAGGCUUUGACGGAGAAGACGCCCGAGGAGCGCAGCAAUUUUGUUCGGAGCCAUGUGCGCUCCUUGUCGCGUUCGUCGCAACGUUCUGUCUCGAGUGACGGUAUGGUCGACGAUGAGGAUGAAGAACCUUUUGUUUCGGAAGAAAACGCCGCAGCCGUCGUUGCCAGCCCGGGAUCACGCCCAGACUCUAUGAACCGUCCGGCGCCGGGAGGAAGAUUCCCAUCUGACCUGCAGGUCAAUGCGCAACGAGGCCUGCAGGUGCCUCUAUCUCCCAGCAGCCAAAGCUCUGGUUUCCUUGAACACAGUGAGUACGCCAUGAGGGGAGGGAUUACAAAUGGUAACACAGUAAGCGACUACGACGCAAUAGCAGCCGCCGGGGCUCUCCCGGGCAGUGGCAUAGGAGAGGGCUAUCCCGGCAACCGGAGAUCGCAGCUUAUGGUCGGUCAGAAUUACGGCAAGACGCCAAGUGUAAACAACAUGGCAACGGCGCCGAGCCACGCUGCUAUGCUCCAUGAUCAGGCAGCCCAAGAUGGCAUCAACCCUUACAGUGGAGAACCGGCUAUUGCUCAACACUAUAACAACAUGAACUCACAUCGAUUUUCCGAAGCCCCCAUGGUCGCGGGCCAGGACCAUGAAACAAACGUUGCCCUUCACUUUAGAAACAACUCGUCAUUCAAACAGCCAGACAGUCAGCCCGCAUUCCCGCCUGCCGUGGCUGCGUAUGAUUAUGGCAACACCAACGGAGGAUUGGGCCAUGUGCCCAGCGUAGCGGACAGCGAUUUCUCCGCCGUCAGCAGCGAUACCUACCCAUCAACUUAUGGGGCACCUCGUCCUGUGGCUGGUGGCCGUCGAAUGGACAGCACUCCGCAUGUGCCUGGAGAAUAUCCACGGUCUACGCCAGCUCAAACCCCCAACGUCAUUUGA